UUGAUGUGUCUGGUAUGAAAAUAUUGCACUCUAUAUGCUGUAGUAUUCCAACUGCAACUCUCAAACAAUUGCUCAGACGUUAGGAAAAUGUGCUGCUUCUUCUGACACGCUUACAAUUUAAGACCUGCGCACGGUUUAUGGAAAAAGGCUGAAAAUCCGAGGUGUCUUACGGGAAUGAAAGGAGUAUAAUAAGCAACUAAACUUGAAAGGACAGACCCUGAGGCAUGGCGGCUUCUCAUGACAGCCACGGCCAAGAGACCGAAGCGGAGGGCUUGCAUCACCUAAAACCCAUGGAAACAGAAGAACAGUGGACUCCCCAGCUAAGCGAGUUCCAGAUGAAAGCGCUCAUAAAGUCUGAGCCUCAGUCACCAAAGACUGAGAGAAACAUUACACAAGAACCAGAGUUACUUCAGUGUCCAAAUACCUUUGCUCCUGGUGCAGAUUGCAUUGAGUAUACCUUCUUCAAACAGGAGUCGGCCCAAGUCAAGGAGGAGCCAAAAGAUUCAGAGGUGCAAGCCAUCCAAAUUAAAGUGGAAUCAGUCGAGACCCUGUGCCUUCACCCUGGUGCAGAAUCCAAAGGAGUCUGUAUCACACAACCGCAAAUAAAGCCAAGAUCCAUUCAAGUCAAACAGGAGAAUUGUGAUUUUGAGUCAGUUGCCAUAAAGGCCGAACAGGACUUCUCUCACACAGACAGAAAAACCCUGAGGAUUAAAACUGAACCCGUUGCAGAUUCUGAGAGCAGUAAUGGAGGGGUCAGUGAGGAGUUCGACCAUUGUUUGGUCAAAGAGGAAGAGAACAGGGUGGAGUUGGAUGCUCUCAACACCAGCCAGAAAGAUAUGGAGACCUUGGGCAGUGAGGAGAGCUGCACAGAGACGGUGUCCAGUCCUGAAUUUUUCCCGUGUCCUCACUGCACGAUUUCCUUCACGGACCCUUCCUACCUGGAGAAACACCUCAAAUGGACCCACCAGGAGCAGUACCUGGUCCUGCUCCAAAGCCGCGCCUCCCAGGUGAAAAGGAGCCCGCACGUUCGGGAGCAACCCAGCUGCCCCCAUUGCAGAUGCCCCUUCCCUUCCCAGCGCCACCUGGCUGCCCACCUACGCCAGGUACACCCCAGCCCCCCCGUCAAAAAGCAGCACCCCUGCCCGCAGUGCCCUCGCAGCUUCCACUACCUGGCCAGUCUGCAGAAGCACUGCAAACACUGGCACAAACUGGACACCGUCAGCGUGGACGGGCACCUGAACUGCACCGACUGCGGCAACAACGUGGCCACCUCCGAGGCCCUGUGCCCGCAUCUCCGCGGCGACGCCAGAGAGAGGCUGAACGCGGGGCCCGUCUGCGCCGGCGCGGGCCUGGAGUGCAGCGUCUGCGGCAAGAGCUACAGCAGCACGCAGAACCUGCGCAUACACAUGCGCACGCACACGGGCGAGAGGCCCUUCGCCUGCGCAGACUGCGGCAAGCGCUUCGCGGACAGCGGCAGCCUUCGCAAGCACACGCGCAUACACACGGGGAUCAAGCCCUUCACGUGCCAGGACUGCGGCAAGGCCUUCGGGAGGAUCCACCACCUGACGUCCCACCAGCGCACGCACUCCGGGGAGAAACCGUACCACUGCACCGACUGCGGGAGGAAGUUCAGCCACACGGGGGAGCUAAAGAUCCACCAGCGCUCCCACUCCGGGGAGAAACCGUACCACUGCACCGACUGUGGGAAGGACUUCAUGGUCAUCAGCAACCUGAGAGCCCACCAGAGGGUGCACAGCGGGGAGAAGGGCCACCAGUGCGGGGAGUGCGGGCGGAAAUUUGGGGAGGCGGGGGUGCUGAAGAAGCACUUGCGCACGCACACGGGCGAGAGGCCGUACCACUGCACCGUAUGCGGCAAGCAGUUCAACCGCGUCCACCACCUGAAGACCCACCAGCGCACGCACACCGGGGAGAAACCGUACAGCUGCGCCGAGUGCGGCAAGAGCUUCAGCCAGUCGGGGGACCUGACCAAGCACAAGCGCACCCACACGGGGGAGAAACCCUUCCCCUGUCCUGACUGCGAGCGCAGCUACAACAACUCGGGCGACCUGCGAAAGCACAGCCGCAGCCACACCGGGGCACGGCCCUACAGCUGCAAGGAGUGCGGGAAGAGCUUUAGGAUGAUCCACCACCUGAAGACCCACACCCGGAUCCACACGGGCGAGAGGCCCUACACUUGCCCCCACUGCCCCCUCACUUUCGCCCGGCCCCACCACCUCACCUCGCACCUCAAGGUCCACUGAGGGAGGCAGAGAGGGGGGUGGAGAGGCCUGGAAGAGAAUAAAACAGGGUAUGAUGGGUGGGAGGGACUGAACAGAGUGUUGCACUGCAGAGCAAGGAGCUGAAAGCGAAGAUUCAAACAUCCAUCUAUCCAUAGUGUCCGUGUGCAAUAGUGGCUGUGUGGAGUAGUAUUUAGAGAGCAGCGCUCAUAACCAAAAGUUUUCAGGUUGAGGUCUCAGUCGAGACACUGCUGCUGAAUCGUAGAGCAGUGUGUUUAACCUGAAUUUCUUCAGUAAAU